AUGUCCUCCACGAGGGCCAUCAAGAAGAGCGCCUUUUCGUGCGAACCAUGUCGCCGGCGCAAGGUAAAAUGCGGCGGAGAGCAGCCGACGUGUAACCGGUGCGCUGCCCGCGCGGAUGAGUGCGUCUACAAACUUAACCCGACGUUGUCAUACACGUCGCGACUGGAGCAUCGCAUCAAGGAACUAGAGGCACAGCUCACCGCUGCCAGGGCUCAGGCGCCGGCGGCAGCGGGACCCUCCGAGCCGUCCCGGACGUCGUCGCCCAGCAUCGGGCCGUCGGCGGGCCAGUCGCCCAUGACGGACCCUCACCACUUUGAGUCUCAGGAUGAGGAGUCGGUGAGCGAGAGCUUCAAGGGCCUCAAGGUCGACGACAAGGGCGCCAUCACGUAUCACGGCUCGACGAGCUUCUUCCAGCUGCCGAGUGAUAGGCCAUCCGGCUCGAGGGACCAGCAGUCGACGUCUGACCAGGCCAUGCAGAGGCGCGAGAGGCUUGUUGCCAAUGCUUGGCAGCAGAGAGCGCUCGAGAACAUGUCCGACAUACCGGAGCCUUUCCAAUACUUACUCAACGUCCACUGGUGUUGGAUCCAACCUCUCUUCAACUUCAUCUACAGGCCGGCCUUUACUCGCGAUAUGCAAACACUAGGACCAUACUACUCCCACACACUCAUGAACGCCGUCCUCUCACACUCCAUCCGCUGGGGCCGCAGCGACCCGGCCACAAAGGACAGACUAGACGAGUUCUACGACGGCGGCGCCCUCUUCGGCAAGCACGCGCGCAGCAUGGUCUUUGAGGAGCUCAGCCAGGGCAUCUGCUCCAUCCCCACCGUCCAGACGCUGCUGCUGCUCAGCGCGCAGGAGUGCAGCGUCGGCAACAGCGCCCAGGCGUGGACGUACAGCGGCCUCGCCUUCCGCAUCAUUGACCACCUCGGCAUCUGCGUCGACGGGCAGCGGUACCCCGGCUCGGUGCAGCUCGCUGACGAGGACGUCGAGAUCCGCCACCGCUUGUUUUGGAGCUGUUAUUUCUGGGACAAGAUGAUUAGUCUGUACCUCGGGCGCUCGCCUUCGCUGCAGCAGACGUCUGUGUCGCCGCCGCAAAUCAUGUUUGACGAUUCGGCCGAGAACGAGUCCUGGACGCCCUUUGGCGUCGUGCCAGGGGGCGGCUGGAAGUACCCGCCCUCGGCGGCGCACUCCACGUCGUGCUUUAUGCAGAUGUGCCGCCUCUCCAUCACUUUCAACGAGAUCCUCGUCCACAUGUACGACCCCGUGCGGCCCAACGGCCAGGCCGAGAUGCAGGAUUGUCUCGCCAAGCAAGAGGUCGCGCUGCGGCAGUGGUGGGACGAGCUCCCUUCGCAUCUCAAGAUCGAGCCGACGGCCCUCCCGGCCCUGGCGCCGCCGUCACACAUCAUUACGCUGAAUGUGCUCUACCGCACCUUCAAGAUCCUCCUCUACCGUCCGAUGCUGUCGCAACGGGGCCGCGUGGGCGACAACCUGCAGCCGGUACAGCGGUAUUUGGGCGAGUGCGUGACCUCGGCCACGGGCAUCAUCGCCAUCUUUGACCUCUUCUGUCGCUCCUUUGGCAUCAGCCACUGCGUGCUCUCUCUCUCGUAUAGCGUGUACAUUGCCGCGUCCAUCUUUCUGCUCCAGGUGCAGUCCAGCGUCGAGGAUGCGCAGGCGCUGCGUAGGUUGGAGUACUGCGUUCGUAUCCUGGCGUCCGUGAAGCGCAUCAACCCAGUCAUCAGCAGCGCCCUGAACCUCAUCACCCGCGAGCUCGUCGGCCUGGGCAUCGACAUUGGCACCCUCGGCCUGCCCAAGACGGCUGCGACGCCACCUAUGGCGACGUACGGCAUCCCGCAGACCCGGCACGGCGCUGGCGCCGCCGCCGGCGCCGAUAUGCCGCCCACGUCCGUACCACCCGGCCCGGAAGCCACCAACUCCCCCGAACAGAUUUACAACUUCCCCUUUGUUGACACACUCGGCCCCGAGGCCUUUGCCAUCGACCCGCAGGUCUUCCAGACAAUGUCGUCUAUAGAACCGUUGAGCGUCAGAGUCGGCGCGAUAGAUGAAUAG